AUGUCACUAGCAGAGGAUUCCCCUAGAGGUGGUUGGCAUUGUCUGGUUUCACCCCGUAUACUGGACGAGGUGCACCCCAUGUUGUGCCAGGCGUGUGUGGAUCUCCACAGGUGGGGGAUGCUAGGGGGGGGGGGGGGGGAGAUCAGACCUCUGCAGCUUUUGCAUCUCUUGCCCUGGCAGGGGCUGGGUUGUGUUGGCGUGACCUGGGCCGCUGUCGGUUCCCAUCCACAAACUCAUCCAGUUUUAGCGCCUUUGCAAAGCCAGGGCCCCCUUCUCCCCGGGUGCCGCAGCCCCGCGCGUGGCCAGCCCUCCCCAGCUGGGCUUUUCCCUCCCCUUGACACCUCUCCAGCCCCCCCCCCCCCGCGGCCCGUGUCCGGUUUCUCCUGUCAGAGCAGGAGCCCAGCGCAAACCAAUGGCGGAGGGAGCGGGGGAAAGGCCCCCUAUAUAGCCCGGGGACUCCGGGGCGCUCCCAGUCUGCGCCGAGCCGGCUCCAGGAGCGCAGCGCAGCGCCCCGCGCAGCCCGAGCUCCCGGAGGAGGGUGAGUCGGAGAUGGUGCAACUCACGCCUGCCCUGCUGCUCUUCGCCGCCGCCAGCCUGGCCCUGGCCCUGCCCCGAGAGCCCCGGAAGGAUGGUUCCCGACCGGCCAAGACCGACGUGCUGGGGAAACACCGGAAAAAGAGGCCUGAGGGCACAGCAGGCGCCACCGAGUGGACCUCCUGGUUCAAUGUGGACCACCCCGGCGGGGAGGGCGAUUACGAGAGCCUGGAGGCCGUCCGCUUCUACUACCGGGAGCGGGUGUGCGCCCGGCCAGUCUCCAUCCAGGCCCGCACCACCGAGUGGGAGCUGCCCGAGGACGUGGGCGAGAUCGUGCACUACAGCCCUGAGAAGGGAUUCUGGUGCAUCAACCGGGAGCAGCCGGGGGGAAGAACCUGCUCCAACUACCACGCCCGCUUCCUGUGCCCCGUGGAGCACGACGACUGGUCGCACUGGUCCGCCUGGAGCACCUGUUCCAGACCCGCCUGCGGGGGUAGCGGGUUCCAGACCCGACAGCGCAGCUGCCUCCACAGCCAGCCCCUGUCCGGGUUGCAGCCCAAGUGUGCGGGGAAAGCCACGCAGAGACGGGCGUGCAGCGCCGGGCCCUGCACAGAUGCUGGGUGGAGCGAGUGGGGCGCCUGGAGCCCCUGCUCCAAGAGCUGCGGUAGCGGUGGGAAGCGAGUCCGGCAUCGGAGCUGCAAGAAAUCCAAGAGUUCCCACUGCGUCGGCCGCCCCUCGGAGGUGCAGAAAUGCGCCCGGACACCCUGCCCAGCCUGCCAGAGCUGUGCCCUGGGUGCGGCGAACAAGAACUGCAGCAGCUGCACGUGCCAGGAUCACACCCUGGUGGGCACCGUCCUGAGCACCGAGGGGGCCGCCCUCGCCAAUGCCCGGGUCUCCCUCAAGGCCAAGCCACAGGCCGUGCUGGCCAGGACCGACCACCGGGGCAGCUUCAGCAUCCGGGGGGUCUGUGCCAGCAGCGGGGCCAAUGUCAGCGUCCAGUUGGAGACGUUCACCCCGGGCGAGGCUCAGAUUGUCUCCAAUGGCUCCAGGAGGUCGUCGGUGCAGGUCACGCUCCAGAGGCUGGAGAAGCCCUACAUGGUGAUGCACCCUGAGUCCAAGGUGCGGGUGGCAGGCCAGGGCGUGACUCUCUGCUGUGUGGCCUCCGGCAACCCCCUGCCCACAAAAUAUCACUGGUACCACAACGGGACGCUCCUGGACCGGAAACUCCACAAGUACAACAGCAGCUUGGUGCUGCGGGACCUGGAGCUGCACCAGGCCGGAUUCUAUCACUGCAAAGCCAGCACUGACGUGGGCUCCAUCAAAUCCUCCCCCGCGUUCCUGACCGUGACUGGCCAGGGGCAGCCGAGCUGCAAGGCCGAGCCGGAGGAAUACCUCAUCAAGCUGCCCAGCGAGUGCUUCCAGGAGGCCGGGCGCUCCCCGUACUACAACGUGGGGCGCUGCCCCAAUGUCCGCUGCGCCGGGAGCCUGAAGGACGAGCUGCAGUGCCGGGAUGGGGCGGGACACUGCUGCAGGGUCCGGCGCAUGGAGGUGCGGGAGAUCCACUGCGCCGGCUCCGUCCUGCCCGUCAAGGUGGUGGCCAAGUGCGGCUGCGAGAGAUGCGCCCGGCCCAAGAUCCUGGUGCACGGCCGGGUGACGGCGGCCGACGAUGGGGAGCCGCUGCGCUUCGGCCAGAUCUUCCUGGGCAAAGAGAACGUCGGCUUCACCGGCUACAAGGGCACCUUUGCCAUCGACGUGCCCCCGGACACGCGGCGGCUGGUGGUCCGGUUCGUGGACCGGCUGCAGAAGUUUGUGGACACGGUCAAGGUCCUGCCCUUCGACCCCCGGGGCGGCGCCGUCUACCAGGACAUCAAGGUGAUGCGGAAGAAAGAGCCGGUGGACCUGGACCCCACGCAGGCCAAUAUCAUCCUGCUGGGGGAGCUGGAGGGCCAGGAGCCGGUGGGGGAGAUGGUUAUACCAGCUGGAUCCUUCCUCCGGCCCAACGGGGAGGUGUACAAUGGCACCGUCAAGGCCAGUGUGACCUUCCUGGACCCCCGGGACGUCAUCACGGCGGCCGCUGCCUCCAGCGACCUCAACUUUGUCAACGCCGAGGGGGAUCUCUUCCCGCUGAGGACCUACGGCAUGUUCUCCGUGGACUUCUGGGAGAGCGAGUCCAACCAGGUGCUGCAGACAGGCCGGGUGGAGGUGCGGGUGGACGCGGAACAGAUCCGCAUGCCCGAGCACCUCCAGAAGAUGAAGCUGUGGUCCCUGAACCCCGAGACAGGCCUGUGGGAGGAGGAAGGCGCCUUCCGCCGGGCCAAGGAGCGGCGGGGCAAGCGGGAGGAGAGGGCCUUCUUGGUCGGCAACGUGGAGAUCCGGGAGAGGCGGCUCUUCAACCUGGACGUGCCCGAGAGCCGCCGCUGCUUCGUCAAAGUUCGGGCCUACAUCAACGAGAAGUUCAUCCCCAGCGAGCAGCUGGAGGGAGUGGUCGUCACCCUCAUCAACCUGGAGCCCGAGCCCGGCUACUCCUCCAACCCCCGGGCCUGGGGGCGCUUCGACAGCGUCCUCACCGGGCCCAACGGAGCCUGCCUGCCGGCUUUCUGCGACAGCCAGCGGGCCGACGCCUACACGGCCUACGUGACCGCCACCAUUGGCGGGGAGGAGCUGGAGGCAGUGCCCUCCAGCCCCAAGCUCAACCCCAACGCCGUGGGGGUGUCCCAGCCCUACCUCAACAAGCUGGGCUACCGCCGGACGGACCACGACGACCCCCGCCUCAAGAAGACAGCCUUCCAGAUCAACCUGGCCAAGCCCAACCCCAACAACAUAGACGAGGUCAACGGGCCCAUCUACGCCUACCGGAGCCUGAGGGAGUGUGAGGAGGCGCCCGUUGCCGACAACCACUUCCGCUUCUACCGGGUGGAGGUGGACAAGUACGAGUACAACGUCGUGCCCUUCAAGGAGAGCGACCUGGCCUCCUGGACCGGCGACUACCUGUCCUGGUGGCCCAACCCCCAGGAGUUCAGGGCCUGCUACAUCAAGGUGAAAAUCAGUGGCCCCCAGGAAUACAUGGUGAGGUCCCGGAGCGUGGGCGGCAGCCACCCCCGGACACGUGGCCAGCUGUACGGCCUACGGGACACCCGCAGCGUCCGGGACAUGGAGAUCUACAACACCUCGGCCGCCUGCGUGGAGUUCAAAUGCAGCGGGAUGCUCUUCGACCAGAGCCUGAUCGACCGCACCUUGGUUUCCAUCGUCCCUCAGGGCAGCUGUCGCCGCACCGCCGUCAACAGCCUCCUGCGGGAGUACCUGGGCCGCCACCCGCCGGUGGUGGAGAACAACGACACCGCCGUCUUCAACAUGCUGGCGCCUGUGGACCCACUGGGCCACAACUACGGCAUCUACACGGUCACCGACCAGAACCCCCGGCUGGCCAAGGAGAUCGCCAUCGGCCGCUGCUUCGACGGCACGUCUGACGGCUUCUCCCGGGAGAUGAAGUCCGACAUGGGCACGGCCCUGACCUUCUACUGCCAGGAGAAGCCCGUCACCCGGCAGAGCUUCUUCCAGCGCCUGCUCAGCUCACCCGUAGACACCCUGACCGAGAUCCGCCGUGAGAUGAGGGGCAACGAGCAACUGCGGGCCCCCUCCCAGGUGGUGGCCUACCCCGCUGGCCUCAGGACCGGGAUCUCCACCCAGACCCGACGGACCCCCAGCAGCCGGAGAAGGAUGGGCCUGAUCCGGGCUCAGCAGUGA